AGAAGACCUGAGGGAUAGAGGGAUGGAUGGAUGAACAGAUAGCACAGCUGCCCUGUGUCAAACUCUAGUUAUAAACCCUUUAUUAUUUUAGCUGAUAUUGAGCAUAUUCCUAAAUAAAUGUCUAAUCAACUUAUCCCACUAAACACAUAGGAGUAAUGUUUUUCUGGAGAAUGCUGUUAUAAUACUAAUUCUAAUAACAGAAGUCACAUUGCGACUGUGAUAUUGUACAUCUCAUACAAAGAUUGUGAACCCUCAGAGAGACAUGGCCCCCAGGAAAAGGACCACCAAACAACGGAAAAACAACCCCAAGACGGCCAAGCUCGAAGCUUUCCUGGAGGACUUCGACAGCGAGGUGAAGACCAGAGUUGGACAGCUGAAAGAGAAGAUCAACCAGCUGCUGAAAGAUGUUGACAACAGCUACAACAUGGCUCUUAUCAAGCUCCCCAAGGCUGUCAGGCAAACAACCUGGCUGGAACAUUGCAAGUCUGAGAAACCAAAGUCCCCAGAAGUGGAUAAUACAAAGAGAGAAGAGGAAGCUGCUAUUGUUGAUAGCGUUGUGGCUGAGGACCACACAGUCCUUCUGAAAUCAGUCAAGAAAACGUCAAAGAAAAAAGGUGGAGCCAAAUCCAGUUCAGAGGAUGAAAACACCCCGAGCACGACGAGGAAGGGAAAAGCAACAAGAAAACCUCCGACUACAUCAAAAAGGGCAAAGGCGCUGUCAGUCAGCAAGCAGAACACCUCCAUCAGACGAUCGACCAGGAAGCCAUUGGUCACUCCUGCCAGGAGUAUGCUGGAUUCUUCUUUGAUGAUGGGCUCUACCCCCCUUGUCACCCCACGCUUCGACCCAAGGCUUCCUAAGACCCCCGCUGUGAGAGUUCCCCGCCACAAAGAGAGGGUCUACAGCAUUUCAGUCAACGGCUCUCCCAUUGCAGCAGGAAAUGAGGACAUUGUCAUCAACGUCCCCAUCGGCAACGGAGAGAGCGUUCAGCUAUUGGCCAGUCAGAUGGACUCAGUGGACCUGUCACUCCUGGAUGAAACUGCUCUGAAGAGCAUUCGGCUGCUGAAGAGUCGUCUCACAACCCUGUGUGGGAUAUCAGAAUGACCUGACUGCGAUGAUGUUUUUUUUUGUACUGAUAGGUGAGAUUUUAAAAGAUACACAGGUUCUUCAGAAAACCAUGUUUUGUCAGUAUUUUGUUUUACUGGAUGUUUUCUUUUGACCUAAUUCAUUCACUGGAAUUCAUUCAGUUAAUGAAAGUGAAUGAAAGUUAUUUUACUAUUUCUGUUUUCCUCAUAUACUUUUGUAAGAUAGUCUAGUUAACUGCCUUACUUACUUCAUCUUUCAUUUUUAUGUGGGUAUUUUCUGCUGCUUUCAUAGCAUUAGGCUUAAUCCCUGGGGGAAUUCUGCCUAAUGUCUGUCUCAUUUUAGUGCUAUUCCAAUCUUUUAUUCCUGUUGGCCAGACGGACUUGUAGAGUCUGGAUUUUAGUUGUCCUAUAAAUCUUGUAAGGCUUCUAAGAUCAUUUAAAAUGAACACGUCUGUACUCUGCAAAUAUGUUUUACUGUUCAUUCUUUGUUCUGUAAGUACACUCUAAUCCAACUUUUUUUUGGUUUCAUUUUGUCAUUGUUGAAUCGGAGUCCCUCCAUCUUUCUAUAAAUCAUCUUACAGUUACAUUAUUAGUGCAAAUACAAACGUCGUGUACAUAGAUCACUCUUUGUCUACAGAACUGAUAAAGGAUUUUGACCACA